CCAGAGCAGAGCAGAAACACUUUGAAAGAAACUAACUCUGAGAAUGUCAGCAACUGCAACCAUGUUGCGCUUUGUGAAAUCAGCCGGAGUUUCUCUUCUCCUGUUGUCUGCUUUUUUCCACAUGGCUGAUUCUUAUCCCAACUACCCCUCAAACAGUAACAUGCACCGUUUCAGAGAAUCUUAUGAAGUUCAUACUGCUACAAACUGUUCACACAGCUUCUGUUAUCUUUCUCCAGUUCCUUGCGAUGAGUGCUCGCUGAAAAAGAACGACCUUUUUUCACGGGACCUUCCCAUCUAUCAGUGUAUGGGUUGCUGCUUCUCCAGGGCCUACCCGACACCUUUUAACGUCAAGAACAUUAUGGUGAGCCCCAAGAACUUCACCUUAGAGGCAACAUGCUGCGUCGCAAAGGACAGCUAUGAGGUAAGCCUGAAGAACAUAAACGUGAGAAACCACACCGGGUGCUACUGCGGCACUUGCAUGUAUCACAAGAUCUGAUAGGAGAUGGAAAUGAGCGGCCUCCACUCUGCAACAACGUUAGAAGCUUUUCUCUAUUUAGGAAUACAGUACAUGUUCUUAUAUCACCAGAUCAUAGUUGUUGCAGCUUUGUUUUGCUUGGAAUGUGUUGUGUACCCAAAUA